AUGGUGGGCAAGCGAAGACGGAGCAGUUGGUACCGCCCGUCGGACUUGUAUCCGCUUGAGGACGCUCUGGGUGAGCCUCUGGGUUGUCGUGCCCAAAAUAAUUGGAAAACCAAAUUCAUUGUGGAUCUUCCCAUUCCAGUGCUCGGACGAGUGUUUCUGUCGCUUCACACCAACGAUCUUUUGCAGGUUUGUUUGGCGUCCAGGAUGUUGUACCUCCCUGCCACGGUGCAAUUGUAUAAAAAAAUCAUCGUUACCGAGUCACACGAACUCAAAAAACUUGCCAUCUCGCAGCUGAGGCUAUCGUGGGUCAACUAUGGAACCUUAAUUCACUCGUCGAAAUUGGCGUUGUUGUUGCGGACGGUCCACGACAGCACAAAGCUCGCCGACUUGAUCCGCUCUAUCAUUUUUGUUGACGAAACGGUGUGUUUUGAUGUCAAUUCGUCACAGUCUGUCGAAGUCAGUGUUCAGCGCCAAUUGGUGGAAACGUUACAAGCAAUAUUGACUCGGGUCCGCCUCAAUGAGCUCUGGUGUCUCUUGGACGGCAGCAAAAUGACCCUUUCUUUUCAUGCUCCGUCGUUGCUGAGACUAGCAUUGUCGGUAGAGACGUUUGAGCCAUCGGCGCAAAGCCAAUUUAACUUUCCUCGCCUCACUCAUCUCAAGAUAUACUACCAGCGAGAGUCCGCCUGCCUGGUUGCGGGAACCGUGGAGCUUGCAAAACUUUUUUCUCUGCAAAAGCUUUCCACAUUGGAGUUUGAGGAAAUGCACCAGCUGUCUCUCGAGUCUCUCAAUCGUGCCAACUCCAUGCUGAGAGAUCAGAACCAGACGAUAUGGCCCCAGUUCUUUGAGGUGCUCCUGAGUAGCGGCACAAAACUCACACUCACUAGACUUGGACUCGACGGGUUCAUCAACGACGGUGGUGCACACCUCGCAAAACUACUCAGCAAUACCGUUGACUUAUCGCACCUAAUUUCUCUCCAGCUCAAUGUCAAGGAAACCUCUCAUUUGCACCACUCCCACGACGACUACUCAUCAACCUUGCUUGAAAAUCUCACUGCCUUGACUCCCAAUUUGCGCAAGUUGGCUACCCAUCCCACCUACGACUGUCUUUUCUGCCAACACAGCUCUCUCAUCAACACGCUCUCCAAGAACAUUCCAGACCAAUUAUCGACGCUUUUCGCCGUGGUAGAGUCCCCUACAAGCGCAUACACCCAGGCCGUAUACGAUUGCAUAGGUUCCACCCAGCACAAGUUGGUCAACUUGAAAUUGCUCGAUAGGUCUUCGCAAGUGGCUGACGCUUCGGCAAUGCUCCAGCACCUCAUGAGCGAUGACUACUCGUGGUAUAUACGAGCACUUUACUACGAACUGGUGCUCAAACAGUCUGUCUACAAAAACUACUUUCUCUACGAUAUCGAGUGCAUUUCUUCAGUGAUAAACUCAGCCGGCUACAACCACGAACUAUUCUCCGUACGAACCAACAGCGUCAUUCUCAACGAUACCAUGGUGGAGUUUGUGAAAAAAAAUCAUCAAAGACUUUCUAGGUUUCUCAUAGAUUAUUUUGCAGUCGAGCCGCACUGUGUGUCGCCGAGACCAGUUCUCCACCUCCCGCAAUUGCAAUAUUUGUCCAUUCUCGGCCUCAGUAUCUUCUUCACACAAUGCAACGGCCGCCGCCGCACCCAGUUCAUGCUCAAUUACGGAGACCAGUACAUUGACCUCAAUGGGCUCGAGCCGCUGUGA